AUGAAUGACAAGAAGAAGACGAGGCGACGAAAAGCAACGGAAAAGACCAGCGACGACGAUGGAACUCAAAUGGAAGGAGCGGAAAAGAAGACCAAGAAUAAGAAGAAGGACAAGGUUGUCUCGAGACGGAGAACUGUGGAGGAAGGGACGGUCGAACACGGCGGAGACAAGUUCCAGGAGCAACUCAAGGAGUUCGUCAAGCAUUGUCUUCAAGUUGGGGUCAAUGGCAUCAUCCAGGAGUUCGCUCAGAUCAAGGUAGAGACGGCCCAGCCGGGUCCGAAGACCGCGUACGAUGCAAAUGCGGACAAGAAUCGCUAUAAAGGUAGACAUCUUCUAUUCUUUACAUUAUACUUGAUCCAAAUAUGUUUUUAAUAGCCUUAUGGGAUGAUUUCUGAUUUCAGAUGUGGUUUGUAUUGAUGUAAGUCGCGUCAAGCUGGUUGCCGAUCAAGAUUAUAUCCAUGCAAAUUACAUGGAUUUCAAUGGUAAGCCAAAAAAUCAUUUUUUAAACUAUCGCUUCAGGAUUUGAGAGGAAAUACAUUUGUACCCAAGGUCCUACAGAGAAAACUGUUGGCGAUUUCUGGAAGAUGGUGGUGCAAGCCAAAGCCCCGGCUAUCGUAAUGUUGUGUGGAAUCAUGGAAUUGGGCAAGAAAAAGUGUGAACAGUACUGGCCAGAACAACAAGGGUCCAGUGUAAGAUGAUUAUUAAUGUUAAACGAAGUUUUUAGGGCGUAUUUGGCGACUUUACCAUCAAAAAUACGGCAGUCCACAUACCCGAGGAGGGCUUGGCCCUGACGACAUUGGAGGUCAGCAUAAAUGAAAAGGAGCAUCUGGUCGUGACCCAUUACUUCUGGCAGUCCUGGCCCGAUCGUGGAGUCCCCAAGAACCCCAUGUUUUGCAUGAGAUUGAUCGGAAAGCUGAAUCGAUACAAUACGGUGGUCGUUCAUUGCUCGGCGGGAAUUGGACGGACCGGUACAAUCGUUGGACUGGACUAUGCCAAUCGAAUUCUGCACAAGGGAGAACAACUGAGGCUGAAGGAAGUGGUCAAAGAGAUGAGAAGACAUCGGCAUAACUCGGUCCAGACUGAUGUCCAAUACUUGUUCAUGCAUAGGGUUCUCAUGGGGAUUGCGGAGAAUAGACAUGUAAGAGUUAUUAAUAGAAUCUUACUGUAGAUUGGAAGAGGAGUUAAUCAGAAACUAUUGAGGGGGUUUCCUGAAUAAAUAUUGUUGUGUUCAGCUGGUCCAAGCGUCCGAGAUCCAGCCAUUCAUGACUGCUUAUGAUGACUUCGUCAAAUCCAAAGGAGGCUGA